AAAACAAAUAAUGAUACUGAAAUAAUGUUUACGAAGAAUAAAAUUGAGGUUAUUUUUUACGAGAGUAGAAAAUUUUGUGAUGCACCGUACGAGUAGAUCGUGGAUGUUCGAGUGAAUCACGAAUGUUUCUCUCUUUCUGUCGUGCAUCCUGCAACACAUCCAUCGAUGACGAUGAUCGAGAUUGAUUUGGAGUGUGCGUGUGAAAACGAAAUACAGAACAAAAAAUUCUCAACUAAAUAUAACCAGUGGCGAGAGCCGGCUUCGAAGUGUUGAAAUUGAUAUCACACUAUGUUCGUACCAAGAGACAAAGCGUUGCUAGCCCUGUUUGUAGUUCAAAUCUCACCAUUGGCAUUCACUAAAGCACCCAAUACAAACGGCGGAGAAAGAAACCGGCACCAACAAAAUCUUACCAUGGUCGCAAGCGACGAGGCAAAUCUCCACCCCACAAAUCUUUCCCGGGGGCGAGGGGCCGAAUCCCGCUUGCGAUUAUAUUUAGUUCGGCACGGCGAAAGUGAAGCGAAUCAUCGUGGUAUUUUUGCUGGUCAACUCGAUUCGCCCUUGACGAAAGGCGGGGCUAGUGAUGCAAGAAUGUUGGGCGAGAGUUCUGUUUUGUUGCCGACAUCAUCGGGAGCACGAUCACAAACAAAAGGACAGAAAGAAGGGAGCGAACGAACAUGUCCGUUCGAUUGCGUGUAUUCCUCUGAUCUCUCUAGAGCUCACGACACGUGUAAAUUAAUGUUGGAAGGUAUGCAUAAACGGCAGCUGGACGGCCGCAAUAGCUACAAUAAUGUCAACGAAGACCAGGAAACUACCGCCCCCGGCAAAGUUUCUGGGUUGUGCGACAUUCGCCUCGAUGAACGAUUGCGGGAACGGUCUUAUGGGACCCUACAGGGAAUGCCCUGGAAUUCGGAUCGAAGCGAAACGAACAAGAUAUGGAGGGAAAGAGGAGAUUCCGACACAAUGCCGAAGUGGGAAAGCGACGACGAUAUUUGGAUUCGUGUGAAAUCAUUUUUGUCGGAACUAGUCGAAGAAGAGUUGUUAUCACAGAGUGACAAAAGCAUACAACAACCAGAUAGAUUAGACGUGGUUGAAACGACAGUAACGAUUGGCAACGACGAAUAUAUGAGCGGUGACAGCUGUCGGGAGGAUACAGCAAGCGACAUUGUAAACAAUAAUCCAAAACGAAUCUUGAUUACGUCACAUGGCGGAGUUUUGAGACAGAUAUUACUGCGGUUGGUGGGCGUGAGCAAACUCAAAGAGAUGGGUGCAACAUUUGAUGCGAAACGCAAGAACAAACUCAUUACACCAAAUACAUCGUUGACAAUUCUGGACUUUUCGAUCCGAUCCGACGAACACGACGCAACAGCAGAAAACAGAUGCGCAAUAGAUGGCGAGUGUUUAAAAGAAGACCACGACUCCGAAGGUUUUAGAGGUGUCCAAAUUGAAAUCAAGGUGUUUGCAAAUACGGAUCAUUUGAAUGGAGAUGUUCGAAUCCAUGACGAUUAGCAAAGCAUGAGCUGGUAUCCCGUUAUGCAAGCCACACUUUUCUGUCUAUCGAAACGACAACGAUCAAGAAAAAUGAAUUCCUGCAAACAUUACUACAAUCAUGGAAAUAAGAAUGAAUCGAAAAGAAAAGCGCUGUCGUCGAAUAGAAAAAUUUAAUUUUUCUUGCAAGAUUUUUGGAAGAGUAAUCAGCUAUAUAAUACUAAUACAAUUGUCCUGAUAAAAAUAAAAGACUCGUUUAAUAUCCCCUGGCUGCUUUUCACACAUCCAUGCACCUUGAGAAGGGAAAAUAAUAUCCAGUUGUUGCUAAGCAAGUGCAAACGAAUAUAUUCGAUUUGGUAGAAUUGUUUCCAUUUUAUUUUCGGUAGGCAUUGACUCAAUCCUCUGAAUUUAAUACGCAUCGAAAUUGUAUUUUUUCUUAAAGAAACGUGUGUUCAUGUCCUGGAUUUUACACCACUGACGAUCGGCGGGCCACUUUGAGACCCAAUCCUUGCACUCGCAAAAGGUUUUGUAAUGAACUCGAUCCCAUGAUUGAAGGGGCCGGGCAGUGUCAACUUUCACGUACUUCUUGGGGUCGCUUGGGUCGCGUGAUGAGUCAAUAUUGACCUUGGCUGCUGUGUCGGCCCUGCACGACUUCAUGGGAUCUCCUUUGGGCGCUAUGCGUUCCGCAAUCAAUCUGCGGAGUUCGACUAAUUGACGGGGAUGGAUUCGAAUCGGAUCCUUCAUUACUCUCCAAUGAUUGGUUCCCUUUCGACUAGAGCUAUCGAAGUCUCCGUAGCAUGGCGGAAUAGUUUGAGUGCCAGAAUACCGAAAAUAAUACUCGGUUUGUACUCCAAUCAUUGGCCAGUAAUUGAACCAAGGAAUUUCUUCGUAAUCAAUUAAUUUCCGUCGGUAUUCCUCGCGGAGUGCCUCUUCUGUGGUGUUACCAUUGCCACUAGUUCUAUUCUCAAAUUCCAUCAUCUUUUGGUAUAGUUCUUCUUCAUCCUUCAACUUUUGACUCUGCUCCGCCACGAAACUGUCCCAAUCUAUCGAAUCGUCAGGUGGGUCCCAAUUGCUCUCUUCCAUAUGAACGUGGACGUCGGUGUGAUUAGGAUGUUCUUUAUUGAAAUCAUUGUAGAGAAUAACGUCAUGAAUAGUUCGGAAACCUUUUGGAUGGCGUUUGAACUUCGAUUCAGCCUUCUCGCUGCCAGUUUUAUGACGAAGAUUACGGCGGCCUUUGUUCAAAGGAAAACAACCAGGAUAAGUCGAAUCCACAGGAUCCAGUCCACAUUCUUUUCUAACUUCGUAUUCCUUUCUUCUCCAUUGACAAAUAACCUUGUCUAGAUAUCGAUACGGAGCAGCAUCCUCGUAGGCCAUAAAAAAGACGCUUACCGUUCCCAUCUCGUUGUUGACGCUAUGGUUAGAGGGAAGCACAAAAUGAAAUUUCAAUUGUUAGGGAAAGAAAAGAAUAUACGACUGAGAGAUCAUGAGUGGUGCUUUCUAAAAACAUAACAGCAUCACUCUUUGCUUACUUGGUUUGCGUCUCACGUGCCGGAACACUGUAAAAGUGCUGCAAUUGUAUCUCCCCAUCGUACUGAACUCCGUCUUGAUAGUGCUCUGAUGGAGUAUGGAUAUCAAUAUGUGAAAGGUGCCACCACUCACUAAAUCCCUUGCUAUAAUCGAUCCGUCCAAAUCGGCUCCCGCGUCCCUCAAGGCGACACUCGAGUUUGACUCCAUCGAGAACACCGUCCUUGUCGUUCGCGAUAUUAUCAUAGACACUGAUUGGCUGUGCAAUUCGGAGGGCAUGGCGUUCGAUGGUAAAGGCAUCUGAGUUCUCCAAUUGAUCCAUCGAACAGAACGAAUCUUCGUAUUUCAUCCAAUGGAGAUCCUAUAUGCCGUUCCAAAAUAUGUAAGUAGUCAUUGAAAAAAAUUUAAUCAUGAGU